AUGGAGCAUAUCGCCCCGGUGAGUUAUGCGUGCUCUUGGGUACAGUGCGCGCCGAUCCUUUGCUCCCUCCCAGUAUGCGGCGCGAGCUUCCGACAGAGCUUCGCAUCGGAUGAUGUUGACCAGAUCGAUCGAUCACUGCGGACGGCGAUGGAGGGCCUCCCACGUGACAUCCUCUCUCUCUUCCCCCCCUGGCACUCUUGUGUCUCUGCUGCCCCUGAUUCUCUUUUCACAGGAGCGAUCGACGACAUGACGGUACUUCACCACGUGGUGCGGUGCUCCCGCUUCGGCGUCGCCACGGUCAUCCACGACACCGUGAAAUACAUGCUUCGGGACUUUGCUUCUGAGGCAGGCUUCGCGGUGAAGGUGGAGGACACCACUUUGAUUCUGCACCUGGAGGCAGCUAGAGCGCGAUCGCAGGGACUCUCGGGGACGGGGGACGGGGUACCGAGACAGUCAGGGGCACCGUGGGGACAGCAGCAGCAGCAGGGUGGGCUCGGUCGAGGGGCUGGUGGGCAGGAGGGCCGAGAGGGGCAGGAUGGGCUGGCUAGUGGGGGAGAGGAGGGGGGACAGCAGCAGCAGCGGCACCAGCAGCAGCAGCAGCAGCAGCAUCAACAGCAGCAGCUAGGCCAGCAGGGGCAGGAGGGGCAGACCCGUAGGGGUGAGGAGAGGGGCCAGCAUGGACAGCAGCAGCAGCGGGGCCAGCAGGGGCAGGAGGGGCUGGCUAGUGGGGGAGAGGAGAGUGGACAGCAGCAGCAGCAGCAGCAGCAGCAGCAGCAGCAGCAGCAGCAGCAGCAGCCGCAGCGGCAGCAGCAGCGGUGGCAGCGGCAGCAGCAGCAGCAGCAGCAGCAGGGCCAGCAGGGGCAGCGACAGCAGGUUUGUAGGGGAGAGGAGAGAGGGCAACAGCGGCAGCACCAGGGAGGUCAACAGGGUCAACAGGGGCGGCAGCAGGAGGUUCAGCAUGGGCAGCCGCGUGAGGGUCAGCAGGGGCAGGCUGGCUGGGAGGAGGAGAGGAGACAGCAACAGCAGCGACGACAGCAGGAGGGCCAGCAGGGGCAGGAGGGGCAGGCCAGUAUGGGAGAGGAGAGAGGACAGCAAGAGCACCAGCAAGAGGGUCAGCAGGGGCAGCAGCAGGAAGGUCAACAGGGGCGACAACAGGAGGGUCAGUGGGGCCAGGCUACUAGGGGAGAGGAGAGGGGACAGCAGCGGCAGCAGCAGCAGCAACAGCAACAGCAUGGCCAGCAAUGGCAGGAGGGGCAGGUUGGUGGGGGAGAGGAGAGAGGACAGCACAGCCAGCAACAGGAGGUUCAGCAGGGGCAGGAGAGGCCAGCGAGUGGGGUAGAGGAGAGGGGACAGCAGGGGCAGCAGCGGGAUGGCCAGCAAGGGCAGGUCGGGCUCCGGGUCUAA